UUUAUUUGAUAUAAAAUAAAGUAUAAAAUACAAAUUGAAUUUUUGUUUAGCAAUCAUCCAAUUAAAUUUGUCUUUUAGAUUUAAAAAUAACUGGAACAUAAAAACGAGAUUGGAAAUGAUAUACAUUAAUUUUAGUAAGAAUAUUAUGAUUUGUUAUUGUUUUUUUUUUGUUUUUCGAAUUGUUGAUGUUUUAGUCAUUGUUAUGUUGGACAAUUGGCAGUGGAUAUUUUGAUUAAUACUUAAAAAAUGAAAAAUGUUCAUAUACUUAAUUGGACAUGUGUGAAACUGGUAAUUCGCUUAUGAUCCAUAUGAAAAUUCAAAUAGAGAAAAUUUAACAUUUGGUAUUGAAGGUAAAAUAGAAAUUUAAUAAGUAGAAUUAACGUAAAGAAUGAUUGUUCGUGUUUUUUUUUCUAUUAUAGUUUAUGAAGAACAAAAUUUAAAAAUACUUGUUAUUCAAUAACAUGGUAAAAUUAUAUUGGAUAAACGACAAAAAUUUGUUGAUGAAUUUAUAAGAUUUUUUAAUAAUGAACAAUUAAAAGAUUUUAUUGUUUGAACUGUAUUUAAUGCAAUUGAACGUAAUGAUGUUCAAUUAAAAGGGUAUGAAUAUUUAAAAAAAAAACUAGAGAAAAAAUAGGAUUUUAGUUAAAUUAUUCUUGUUAGAGAAUACUUUCGAUAUUUAUCAAUAACAAUAAAUUCAAAAGAUCUUAGUUAGAUUUUAUUAGAUGAAUGCCACGAUAAACAUCAUCAUAAAAUUGUAUAAGAUCGUGAUCGAUAUUAUAUUACUAGUGAUGGUAUUGAUAAUCGAUUAUUUUAUACAGUACAACAAGCACAAAUAUCAAUAACUAUUCUACUUAUGUUUACUGAUAUUGAACAAGAAGUACAACAUGCUAAUGAAUUAUUAGUUCGAUUAAAUCAAUGGAAAAAAAUAAUGUCAAGUAAAUUCAAUUAA